AUGACCGCCCGACCACCCAACAUCCUACCCCAAGAUGUCUUCGUAGACCACGACGUCCGACCUGCGUCCCGUACCGUCGAUACAUCGCAUGGCCCUGGCGCACCAACACUGGCCGCCCUGGAGGAACUGAAUCGCCGAAAUGCACAAGCGAAUCACGUAGUACAACUCCAUCACGAUGACCAACCCCGCCGAGUUUCAAUGACCGCGAGACCGCCUCCUCCCCACGGACAUAUCCAGUUCAAGUCUCAUACCACGUCUCCCUCUCCGCCGUCACUAGAGCGCACGUCCGAAGACCUCCCCGCUUUGGUUGACGACGACUCGGCUCACUUCUCGUCGCCAUUGCUCGGCAAAGGUCACAACCCCCUUCAUGUGACCACCGAUAUCCCUCGUGCUCCUCGCAAACGAACGGACAGCCUCAACAGCAACCAAGUCGGCCGAUCCUCCUCUCGAUCAGGUGUGAACUUGCAGCACAAGGCAUCAUCUUCGAGUCUGAAGCCCGUAUCGAGGACUCCGAGCGUAAAGCAGUCCUUCUCUACGAGCUUCGGUUCUGGCACAAGCUCUGCGUACCCAAGUCCGGUCAUUUCUGCUAUGGGCGGUGUCACACCUCUGCCCUCGCCAUUAUUGACCAGCGACUCGCCUGGCCCUUGGAAGCGAGUCGGCGCCCGGCGGCCGUCGCAUGAGGUAGUUUUGCCCACAGCCAUGGCAAAUUCGGUCUUUAUAACCGCAAGCGGCGAGUCUGUAGCCUCGGCGCUGGCGCAUCAGUCCAAGAGAAAGGCAUACGUUGGUCUGAACCUAGGGCAUGUGUCAGAUCAAUCUACCGGAAAGAACGAGCACAGCCGCAAUAGGAGCAUCAGUGAAUAUAUCCCGGACCCCAAGGGCAUUCCCAAGCGACAACUUACCGUUUCCUCUGGAAAGGUCGAUGGGAGGAACGUGGAUGGUUCUGCCGAACAGCGCUUGCGCCGGGAACCUCACCUCUCAGAGGCGCGAGGUAUUACUCCGGUAACGAAACCACCUACUCCUCCGCCGAGUGAGUCUUCACAUAGCAACGACGGCUCUAGUUUGAAGGAACCUCGCCACGAGUGCUUUCAGGCACAUGGGCGAGAUGACCAGAAAUUAAGGAGAUGGCGUGCAAUCAAGAAACUCGGGGAAGGUACCUUCAGCAGGGUAAUGUUGGCGACUAGCCAGGUCAAUACCGACGAAGACGACCCCAAAAACUCAACAGAGUCUGGACCAGAUAGUCUACCAACCCCAGUGUCAGCAUGCCAACCCGAUCGGAAGACUUUGGUUGCGAUAAAGGUCUGUGAACAUGGUCCGAAAGGAGGAGCGUCCGAAGAUAGAAUUGAAAUGAGCUUGAAGCGCGAACUCGACAUCAUGCAAUCGAUAAAUCAUCCAUCCUUGGUUCAUCUGAAGGCCUGGAACAUUGAACCGACAAGGGCGCUGUUGGUACUCAGCUAUUGUCCCGGAGGCGACCUCUUCGACGUUGCGACGGCCUAUCGAGACUCUCUGACCGCGCCUUUGCUUCGAAGGAUAUUCGCUGAGCUGGUGGCGGCUGUGGGCUAUCUGCAUGAACGUAGGAUCGUUCACCGGGACAUCAAGCUUGAAAAUGUCAUUGUGAAUAUUCCGCCUUCGGAAAUUGCAAACCCCAACCAGGACUGGCUCACUUACCCGUACUCGAUCAUAACGCUUACAGACUUGGGUCUCUCACGACGUGUAGCCGAUGAUGAAAAAUUGGAAACUCGUUGUGGCUCCGACGACUACGCUGCUCCGGAAGUCAUAUUAGGACAGCCGUACGAUGGUCGUGCCAUAGAUGCCUGGUCAUUGGGCGUGCUACUUUACGCUCUGAUCGAAUCACGAUUGCCAUUUGACGCCCCACCCGGCGCCAGCGACGCCCAAAGAAUGCGAAGCAGAACUAGUCAUCGAAUUGCCCGUGUCGAGUGGAGUUGGAUCAAAUACGCUGGCGAAGAUGGGGAUCACGAUGCCAAUGAGGCUUUGUUCGAAGAGGAUGGGUUGAAGGGCGCAAUGGAAAUCACCGAGGGUCUUUUGAAGCGUGCAAGGAGUCGUUGGCCGAUGGAGAAGGUGGCCGGGCACGAAUGGGUCAGUGGCGGUAUUCGAGUGGAGGGUGGCAUCAAGUUCAGGGAAGAGGAGGAAGGCGAGGAGGUCUCAUGA